AUGGAGGAUGGAGGAGAGCGUCAACCUGAAAGCCAACAGGUGCCCAAUACAUCUUCAACUUCUCAUCCGGCAGAGACCAUAUUGAAAAUAAUGGCGGCGGAGCUAUCAAACGCCACGAAGAAAUGUAUUGAAGGUGAAAUAUUCUGCUUUGAAGCAAUGUUCCCAGCUUACUCUGGAGAAGCCGAGCAGGAUCCGUUGAAGAUUUUCAAGGCAACCUCUGACCCUGACACGAUGUACAUGCAUGAAGCUAUGCGUGAGAAGGAUGCAGGUGAAUUUCAAAAGGCAAUGAAGAAGGAAUGGGAAGACCAACUCAAGAACGAGAACUUCUCAAUCAUCCAUUGGACAUCACUUCCAGAGGGAGCUACAAUCUUUCAAACAGUAUGGCAAAUGAAACAAAAACGAGAUAUUCGAACGAGGGAAGUCAAAAAGUACAAAGCAAGAUUGAACUUUGACGGGUCCAAGAUGAAAUAUGGACGAGACUACAACCAAACAUAUGCACCAGUUGCAAGUUGGAACUCGAUUCGAACUCUUCUGAUUGUCUCUGCAAUGCUUGGGUGGAAAACCAAGCAGAUCGACUAUGUCCUGGCAUUUCCGCAAGCACCAGUUGAGAGGGAGCUCUACAUGAAGCUUCCAGCUGGUUUCAAAGUUGUCGAUGGAAACAGUAACGAAUACAUUUUAAAGUUGCAUCAAAACAUUUAUGGAGGAAAGGCAGCAAGCCGAGUCUGGUAUCAAUAUUUGACGAAGGUUCUCGUCGAUAAAUUGGAAUUCAAGAAAUCCAAUUACGAUGAAUGUGUCUUUUACAAAGGAAAUGUGAUGAAGCCUGACGGUUCUAUACACCUCACCCAACCACAUUUGAUUGAUCAGAUUCUGAAGGACCUAAACAUGCAGGAGGACACGGCGACACGACCAAUCCCAGCAGCAUCAUCAAAGCUGUUGUCAAAACAUUCUGAUUCUCCAGAGUUUGAUGGAUCGUUUCACUACAGAUCUGUCAUUGGAAAAUUAAACUACCUGGAGAAGGGUUCAAGGCCGGACAUCGCUUAUAUUGUUCACCAGUGUGCAAGGUUCAGUACAUGCCCAAAGAAGGAGCAUGGCAAGGCAGUACGAUGGUUGGCGCGAUAUCUCAAGGGCAUAAAAGACAAAGGAUUGAUUCUACGGCCUGAUAGAACGAAAGGAUUGGAGGUCUACGUCAAUGCUGACUUUGCUGGAAAUUGGGAUCCCAAAGAAUAUGAGGAUUGCAAUACAGCAAGAUCAAGGCAUGGCUACUUCAUCAAUUUCGCAGGUUGUCCUAUCCUCUGGAAGUCGCAGCUGCAAACUGAGAUUGCGUUAUCAUCAACAGAGUCAGAAUAUACUGGAAUCUCUUACUCACUUCGUGAAGCAAUACCCAUCAUGAACCUUUUCAAGGAGAUGAUGAUCAAGUAUGAAAUCCCAAUUGAAAGCCCAAUUGCAGAGGUACACUACAGAGUAUUUGAAGACAAUACCGGAACUCUGGAAAUUGCUAGAGUGCAUAAGUUUCAACCAAGAACAAAGCACCUAGACUGCAGGCUACAUCAUUUCAGGUCAUACAUUGGUAAUGGGAUUACUAUUCACAAGAUAGAUGCAAAAGAGCAACCAGCUGACGUGUUGAGAAACCUUUGA